GGCAGUUCGACGUCAUGCAGCAAGUGAUUAUUUAUGACCACGAGUACGUUACAAAAGCAGUCAUUUGGACGUCAAAAUAGUACACUCCUAUGAUGACCUUGGGUAAGAUCAUGUUGGUAAUACAGAUCGUGGUAGGCUGGAGGGGAGGAGCACGUCAGCGCCCUUUAUUCAAGGCGGGUACACAGAAUAUCGAUGAGCACCUGUCAGUCAAGGGUGGUACGCUGUCAGCUGCAAUAAAAGCUCUGUCACUUCUGCUCCACAUAUACAGCAGCGACAUGUGUCACCUCCUACCUGAUGAAGGCUGUUAUUUUCCUGUGAUAGGUUAAAUCCCUUACAGACUAAAUCUCAAACCUCCACCCUUAUGACCUCCCCCACCAGGUCCUGGUCAAUACCCCGUCCAUUCCCAUGAUGAGUGCGUAGACAUGCAUCACUUUCCAGGGGAAGCAGCAGAUAUGAAGGGUGGUUGCGCCCUGCUCCCGCUGCUCCUACUGGUAGUGACACUGGUGGCCCGCUGCUAUGGUGCUGAACCGCUCUGCCUAGAAGAUGACAUCAACAAGCUUAUGUUCGCCUACUCUUCUGGGGGUUUCGAUCCCUCCGGCACUCUAGACACUGUCACGUGUGCCCGCCAGUGUAUCGCCGUCGGGUUCACCUUCGUGGGCAUGGACGAGAACGCCAACUGCUUUUGUACCGCCCCGGCCAGCUCUCGCGCCCAGGAUUAUGAGACAAUUAAGCAGAUUUCAACGUCAGGUGAUCCUUGUGGGGUGGGCCCGGGGCUGAUGAGUGUGUGGCCCGUGGAACUCCUGACGGGGCCUCUCUUCACACCUUACCUGAAGGUCGGCUUCACGGGAUCCACCGAGAACCAGAUGGAGAUCGCAGUUGGCGACAGUGUGGACAUCACCGUGGUGACGAGCGUUCUGUUCUCCUUCACUGUAAACUUCGGGGACGGUUCGGAAGAGCUCGUCCGCAAACCUAACGAGACUACAGCCUCCAACAUUUACACUCUGGAAGGAGAGUACUACAUUACAGUACGCGAGGAUUGGUCAGGCGUACAGGACAUGCUGCGCGUGGUGGUGACUGGCUCAAAGAAUGCCCUUGGCCUCGAGUGUCCAGAGUUGGUAGCCACUGGUGACACCUUCGCUUGCACUUUCACCCUCCUCAGGACCUCAAGCUCUGCCCUCUCCGUCACAAUUGAUGAAACACAGGAACAUAUGGACUAUACUCUGCCUGAGUUGGAAACUAAGAUAUACGGGCACUCCUGGUCGUCCUCUGACCCUCCGCCGGGAUCUACUGUACUGGACACCUGCACCUCCGUCUACCUGCUCGACACCUCGCCUAUAGGAGAGGACGAGUACCUGGCUGUGGUAGACGGAUGGGUGGCCAAAGCCUCUAAAGCGUAUUGCAAUACACUGCAAGAGAGCUGCGUGGAGGGCGGGGAUCCUGCCUGUCCUGCUGAGGGUGAGUGGACCUGCCCGGCACCCGAAUAUCUCUGCGGCGACACCUGCCACGCAUCAUCGCCUGCCACGUGCUCAGCUCCAAAUAACACGGUGAAGGAAGCCACCACGUACAAUGCUAUUACAGCGGCUUCUUUUGAUAUGGAAUUCGGACAUUCUGAGACACCCGUAACUCUGACACCACUGAAACCCUACUCCUACUUUAGUGUUGGCUGUCCCACCGGAGCAGUGUUGGCCGACGUCCCAGCUGAGGUGAUGCAUCGUAUCGUGCCAGACACCAGCAGGCGGGAAGGAGAUGCUCUUUUUUCUACCAGCGCCGCACCGGCGUUCACGAUGGUGAAACGAGAACCACGUCACCUCCUCGUGCGUCUCAAAACUUGGGUUGGCCGGGUGACGAGUUUGGGACCUCUGUGGACUUGUACCCAGCCCUCCGUGGCGCCUACCGCAGACUUCAACGGGCUAAACUCCAAGGUCCUCAUCAAUGACAGUUCCUGGGCAAUGACAUUUCAACUUCCUGGAGGAGUGGCCACUGAGACCACAGCAGUGACGACUAAUAAUGUCAAGUGUCAGACCGUAAUCAGCGUUCCCCUAGUCUUUGCAGAUACUAUUGGUUCAAUGGACUCCACUCUCAUUGCUGUUCCCUUCCUUACAGGAGCACCGAUCUCUCUUCGGAUUGUGGUGAAUGAUGGAGCAAAUACUGAAGUAUGGAAUUAUAUCGAUGAGGUUCCUGAUGGAGGAAUGACUUAUCACACACCCUAUACUGCCAUCAAGACGGGCAUCUUCAGUGCCACCGUGCAGGCCGAGAAUUUAUUCAAUGUGACAGAGUUCGAAGUGAUGGUCUAUGUGGUGCCAAUCAUUGAUGCAAUGGAGUGGGAAGUCACCACCUUCAAACCCUGGGUCAGGAGGUGGUAGAGAUUGAUCCGAAUGAUGGAGCUGUGGCAGGUUUCACAUUCAGCACUGAUGUCACCUUCAGCCUCCCAGACCUCCCUGUUGGUAUUCAUGAUCUCACCCUGAACCUUUCCAAUGAGGUGUCUGUUGUAACUCUUC